AUGGACUUCUGGGGUGAGAUUUGGAAGUACAGGGAUGCAGCUGAUAUCAACCCAUUUCAAGAACUUGCAAUGGCUGCUGUGUCUGUGUUGUCCUUGCCACACUCAAAUGCUGAAGUUGAGAGAGUAUUCAGCCAGAUGAGUGUGGUAAAAAGCAAACUUAGGAAUCGGAUGUCCUUGCAGAGCCUUAACUCCAUCCUGUACAUCCGACAUGGACUGAAGCUGUCUGAGAGACAGCUGGCGAGGUUGUUGGAUGAUCUGGGGUUGGAGCACUACUACAGAAAGAAACUAACACUCAGAAAAAUACUUGAGAUUGAUGAGAAGGCCAUCACUGAUGAAGCUGCCAACUGUAAAUCCGACCUUCCUUGGUAUUUUCUGAAGAAACUGAUGAUGGUUAAUGUGGCAGCGAGGAAUGUGACAUAUACCACAGUGUGUGAGUCAGACAGUGAUGGUGUAUCAGGGAGUAAAGAGUUCAAUAUUGAAAAUCUGUUUAAAAGCCCAAACACAGGUGGCAUGAUGAACCCCCUUGAUAUAAUCACUGCUCUUUUUCUGUGUUCUGAUGGUCUUGUGCAGCAGGAAAUGGCAGUAAAAAUGUCCACAUGUCAGUUUUCUGUGCCUUUGCUGCUUCCAAAUUGUGACACCAAUCAGUGCACACUCAUGCUGUGGGCCAUGAGAGACAUUGUUAAAAAGUACAGACCUCAGUCUCUGUCAGAAUCCAAGGGCUUCAUUGAAGAAAGAAUUGUUCUCUCGAAACUUCCAAUGAUCUCUUUUGUCAGUCUGGGUGAGUGCUCUUUGUCCAAGUCAGAGAUUCUCAAUAAGCUUCUGAGCAAUUCUCAGCAGUACCAUGACACCUUUGUUCAUCGCAACAUGGAGUGUGGUGACAGUCCAAGAAGAAUAUCCAACGGACUGACUGAAAUUACUUGGUAUCUUCCUGGUGGAAAAGCAAACAUUGAUAUUUUCAGUCAGCCAGUGGCUGUAGCUAACCUUCGUGGGGACAUUGCAAGCUUUCAAACACAAUACUCCUUUCUGUGUCAGACAUCUGCAGCAGUUUUUGUGUUCUUUGACCAUUUAGGCUCUGAAUCUGAGCUCAGUCUACUUACCAACCAACAGCACAAAGCACAGAUCUUCUUAGUAGGUAAUAAUUUGAGCAAGCACAACAGUACAUAUGCUUUAAAAAAAGUAGCAACUGAGUUGGGCUUGACCAACAACAACAUCAUCAUUAAGACAAAAACAAUAAAUGAUGCAGACUUUGUGAAAAGUCUGAGGGAAAUGGUCAAAGAUGUGGUUAAGAAUUCAAAGAUUAACAUGACAAUAGAGCAGAUGGCAGACAUUGCCCAUGAACUGGGGAUCCUGGUUGAUGAAGACUCUCCAGAGUGCCAGACUGCAAAGACAAAUGCAGACAUCAUCACUGCUGAAAUUCAAGACAUCCAUAAGUACAAAAAAAAUAAUCUUCCACGACAAGGUAAAAUAUGGAAAGAACUGACCUGCUUAGAGAAGGAAGGAUGUCGACUUCGAAAAGUUGGCUCCAAAAAUAUAGAAGAUUACAAAAGUGAACUUCAGAAAGACAGAAAAGAACUGCGGAAAAGGCAGAACUCCUAUGACAUGUCGACAGUUAUGACAUGCUUCAUCAACGCAAUAUCAAGCCCAGGAACAGAGAGGUUUUAUUUCCUGAAAUGGAUGCGAACAAACCUGGAUAACGUGUCUCGUAUAAAACUGUCUGAACUUCAGGAGAAAUAUAAAGAAAAAUGCAAGAACUCUGAGAACAAGAAGGAGAUAAAUGAGAUUGACAGACAAAUUUCCAACAGCUCACUGGGGACUGAACACUUCUUCCGUGAAAUGGGUCAGAUCUAUGAAGCCUCACUGUCCCUUCCACAAACAGAUCCAGCACGUCAACAGCUGCAGCAUCUGCCCAAACUGUGUGCAGAGUUGUUGCUUGAUGGAUUUCCUCUUGAACUUGUAGAUGGAGAUGCAUCCAACAUCCCUCUUAGAUGGGUGAGUGAUGUUCUCUUUCAGCUCAGUGACUUGGUGUCUCCAAGCAGAAAGAUCCUGGUAGUCACAGUUCUUGGAGUUCAGAGCACAGGGAAGUCCACUCUCCUUAACACCAUGUUUGGAGUGCAGUUUGCAGUCAGCAGUGGUCGAUGUACUCGCGGUGCCUUUAUGUUGCUCAUCAAAAUCAAUGAAGACAUAAAAAAAGUCCUAAACUGUGACUUCAUGGUGAUCAUUGACACUGAGGGCUUAAAGUCACCAGAACUUGCACAACUAGACAAUAGCUAUGAGCACGACAAUGAGCUUGCUACACUUGUUGUAGGGCUGAGUGAUGUCACCAUUGUCAAUGUUGCAAUGGAGAAUUCAACUGAAAUGAAGGACAUCCUACAAAUAGUUGUGCAUGCUUUUCUCAGGAUGAAGGAGGUGGGCAAAAAGCCGAAAUGUGUGUUUGUUCACCAGAAUGUGUCCGAUGUUUCAGCCCAUGAGAAGAACUCACGAGACAGGAAACUGCUCCUGGAACAGUUAAAUGAGAUGACCCAGGCAGCAGCCAAAAUGGAAAAGAAAGAGGAGAACAAGAGCUUCACUGAUGUGAUGGAGUACAGUCCAGACACUGGGAACUGGUACAUUCCUGGACUCUGGAAUGGAAACCCACCAAUGGCACCAGUCAAUGCAGGGUACAGUGAGGCUGUAUAUGAGCUCAAGAAACACAUCAUCCAACUGCUGGGAAACUGUGAGUCAUCUGCUAAUGAUGUCAUGGAGUUUAAAGAGUGGGUGACAAGUCUGUGGACUGCAGUAAAGUAUGAAAACUUCAUCUUCAGCUUCAGAAACAGCCUCGUAGCUGAUGCAUACAUGAGACUCUGCACAGAAUUCAACAAAUGGGAGUGGGAAUUCAAAAGAGAAAUGUACACCUGGGUAACAAAUGCAGAAACUAGAAUUUCCAAUUUUGGUACAGUUGCAGCAAAAUCUCAGUUUUCUGACAUGAGAGAAUUUCUCACAUCUUUGAAAGGCAAUGCCUCCACAGUGCUGUGCACAUGGGAGACAAGACUUAUCAAAAAUCUGACAGAGUAUUUCAAGCAAACAGAGGGUCAUGUUUAUCUGGUUGAAGGAUACAAAGAGGAAUUCUCAAACAGUGCAAAGAGCCUUCGAAAAGAAAUGGAGAGAUCUGUUUUUAAUCAGCUCACAGCAGCAGCAGAAAUCAGACAGGGGAUGGCACAAAUUGAUAAAAUCAAAGAGAAUCAUCAAAAGGAGAUUGAAAAUGCAGUUUGCGCUUUGCUAAACAGAUGCAGAAUGAAAAAAGUCCAGAUGAGUGAUAAAGAGCUGGACAACGAGUUUGAUAAGAUGUGGAGUGAAACUUUGAAGAAUCUUUCUUUUUCUGAACAAAAGACAACAAAUGUCUUCACCAGUGUAUCUCAGUACCUGAGAAUUAAUCUCUCACAUAGGGGGAGUCGUGCAUGUGAAUUAUUAAGUCAAAAACAUCUGCAGGAUUGUGGAAAAGAGCCUUUCAAAUACACAAGUGAGAACAUACGUCACAGAGCUACACAUGCAAUGGGGAGAGUGGCUAAGUGGUUCAACAUUCAAGAUCCCAAUACAGCUGUACAAAAACUGGCUGACAGCAUCAUAGAUGUCUGCACUCAGUUUGUGAGAGAAAAAGUUAAAAAGAAAAGCAAUUACUGUGAGACUUACAUCCAGGAGAUCCUACACAUGAUUGAUGAGAAAUUGCAAAAGAAUCAAGAUGUUGACCAAAACAUUGAGUUUGAAGUUUCUCUCAAACAGCACAUCUGUGGAUUUGCAGCCAGAGAGUUUCAGAAAAUGCACGAAGAUUUCAUCCAAACAAAUGAUCCCUACAGAUGUCUCAUGAACAACAAGAAAAAGUUUUGUGAUGAUUUCAUUGAUGUGUUCCAUGAAAGAGACCAGUGUCAGAAGAAGGCAGAAGAAUUCACCAACCGAUGUUUGAAGCCUGCUGUUAAGGACUUUAUCAGUCGUUUCCUGGGAGCUGAUAUCACUGUUGAAAUGUCGACAUGUGAGCAGUUCAGCACACGAAUGUCCUUCCAGUAUUCAGUUUUACUGGAUUUACUUUCAAAAGCUUAUUUUAAAAACUAUCUGAGCUAUAUUUGCUCAUAUGAGAAGUAUGUCAAGACAUGGAUACACAACAAAAUAGUGGAGCACUUUUCAACUGUGUCAAAAAUAUCCGAGUUUGAGGACCGACGUCUGCAGUCAUGUAUGAAAAGCAUAAAUGAUGCCAUUAACAAAGCCAAAACAAGAAAUACUGAUUCUGAAUUGGGGAGAUUUGUUGAAGAUAUUUGUAAAGAACUUGGUAAUAAACUGGUCAUUUCCCAGGAUGCUCUUGGUGCGUUCAUGAUCCUGAACAAUGCUGACAAGGAACAGUUUGCUCACUGGCUCACAGAGUGUGUAAAGGACAUGGCACAAGAUCUUAGAAAAGCAUUUGAGAGACUGAACUUUCAAACAAAACUACAACGUCUUCCUGUGCAACCUGAAAAUAAGCUUUUUAACCAACUGGUUGGUUGUGGCAAACAGUGUCCAUUCUGCAAAGCUCCGUGUGAUGCAGGAGGAGAAGAACAUAAACACUUUGCUUCACUGCAUCGGCCGGAGGGUCUGGGUAGAUACAGGUGGGACAGUACUAGAAAACUUGUCUUGGACAUAUGCUCCUCUCUCAUUGUGAGUGACUGCAGAUUCCGAUGCAGUGCCACAAAUGAUGAAUGGCACCCUUAUAAGAGUUAUAGGGACAUUUUUCCAGACUGGAACAUCCCUCCAGAUGUGAGCCUUAAGGCAUCAGACCACUGGAAAUUUAUAAUGGCAAAUUACAAUGAUAAUUUUGCCAAAGAAUAUAAUGCAGAACCUGCUGAUAUUCCUGAAGAAUGGAAAAAAAUUACUAAAGAACAGGCCGAAGAAAGUCUCAAAAAGUCAUUUAACGUCAAGUAA